CUUUUCCACUUCGAUCACCAUGCUACGUUUCGGGCUUCUCGCUGUCCUCCUCGUCUCCGCUCAAGCGGCCGUGAGGGUCUCCCGGAAGGACCACAACAUCCGAAAGUUCACUAACGGAAAGAUCGUCGGUGGCACACUUGCCAGAUUGGGCCAGUUCCCAUACCAGGCGUCGAUGCAGUAUGGCUUCGGCAGCAGCUGGGCUCACUAUUGCGGCGGAUCCAUCCUGGACCAGACCCACGUGCUCACUGCCGGUCAUUGCGCCCCCGCCGUCGGGGAAAGGGUUGUCGCUGGCAUCAUCGACCUGCCGGCUACGGGACCGGAAGCCCAAGUGAGGACCAUCACCAGGGCUGUCAUCCAUCCCAACUACUCCGGCGUGGUGAACGACGUGGCUGUGGUGACCGUAAGCCCCCCGUUCGAGUUCAACUCCUUCGUCGGAAACGUCACGCUCGCUCUCAACAACCAGCAACCCUCCACGGCCCCAGGGGCGUGCACUGCAUCCGGUUGGGGAGCGACGUCCUGGACUGGCGGAACCAGCGAAGACCUCCUGUACGUGGACAUCGACUUCAUCGACGACGACACGUGCAUGGAGAUGUGGGCGCCGGACUUCAGCACCCCGAUUCCCGAGCAGAAUAUCUGUGCCGGAGUAGAGGAAGGAUUCCACACCGUGUGCUAUGGUGAUUCAGGCGGACCCAUGGUGUGCACUGCCGACGAUGGCGGCCGAUACCUGUAUGGAUCAACGUCGUGGGGCCCCCAGGAAUGCGGCAUCCCCGAGCGACCCGCUGUCUGGGCGGAGGUCCCGUACUUCAACGACUUCAUCCUCGACCAGAUCGGGGGAGCUUAAUUCGCCUUUAUUCCCUCAUUGCCCAAUAAUACCGGUCCACAGAG